UUGGCUUAAUUUCAAGAUUUUUGGCAAGGAAUAGCCAUGUGCAGCUCUGUUGAUUUAGGAUUUUUAGAAACUUGUGAAGAAUGGUUAUUGACAAACAAGUUUUUUCGAAGUAAAGUAGGAGGUAAACCGGCCUGGCUUGAUUUGAAAAACAUACCCCAACCGAAGGAUUUACUUUGUGAUGAGUGCAAUGAGCCGACCAUCUUCAUGUGUCAGAUAUAUGCUCCACUGGAAGAGAAGGAAAAUUGUUUCCAUAGAAUGUUAUUUGUAUUCGUUUGUUUAAAAUCGACUUGUUACCAACCAAACCAGUGUAAAAACAUCAAAAUAUUUCGGUCUCAACUGCCCCGGAAGAAUGAUUACUAUGAAUACAAUCCUCCAAGUGAGAAUGCUCCUUCGGAUCCACUCCCGUCACCUGUUCCGCUCUGCGUUGUGUGUGGGUGUAGGGGACCACAGCUUUGCUCGAAGUGCAAAACUACCAACUAUUGCGGGGUAGUUCAUCAGCGUAUCGAUUGGAAGCAGGGUCAUAAGACAGCAUGUGGUCAGGAAACGACCAGCUCUGUUUCUAGUAUAUUGUUUCCACAGUACGAGAUUGUCACGGAACCGGAAGACAUGGAACCAGUGAAGAAAUUGUCCGAUCAAGAAAGUGAGCAGAUUCAGAUGGAGCAGUAUCGUAAGUUGGUGGAAGAUGGUAAAGCCGGUGACAUGGAAAAUCUUUCCGAAAGUGAACUUGAAAGCUAUGUUGACCAAACAGAAGACAAAUAUUUUUCCAAAUUCAAAAAAAGAAUUGCAACUGAUCCUGACCAGAUUUUAAGAUAUGAACGAGGAGGAAAACCACUCUGGCUCUCGUCGGUUGUACCAGAAACUGUCACUCCGUGCGAUUACUGUGGUUCCGCAAGAAUAUUUGAGUGUCAGGUAAUGCCCCAAUUGUUGAACAGUCUUAAAAAUGAAAACAUUGAUUGGGGCAGUUUGGUUAUUUACACAUGUGAAAAUAGCUGUGAUCCACCCAACAACGGAUAUGCAAGGGAAUACGUGUUCAAACAGGAUGUUCUCAAUAAUGAUCUCCGUAACUCUAAGAAUAAAUAAACGGUUUUUCAUAGAAA